CUUUGGAAGCGAGAACAGUCCGCGCGCGUGUGUCGUGCAUCCAAUCCAGUGCGUGCGUGCGCGUGUGUGAGUGAGAGAGGUGAACGGGGGAGUGGAGGAGGAGGAGGAGUUCGGACGGGUGGUAGUGAGUGCUUCAAAGUGAACGACGCGGCCUGCAGAGGGAGAGCGCGGGAGUUCCCUUCGACGCGAUGAGCGUCUCCGUGCUCGUGGCGGCCCUGGCGGCCGUCACGGUCGUCGCCGCAGGCCCCGCCCUGCCCGGCUCUGAUAAGGGCGCGCUCCAAUGCGCCGCCUUCUGCAAACAAGAGACUGAUAAAAUAAGUAAAUUUAAGUACAGUCCCGGCACCACGUACCAGUACCGGUACGAGUCCCUGACCGAGACCCUAGUGGCCGGCGCCAGCCCCGAGGCCUCCCGACUGCUCCUGUCCGCCUGGGCGGAGAUCACCCCCAUCUCGAGAUGCGACUACGUGCUCAAGCUCCGGGACGUCCAGCUGCAGGAGGCCAGCCUCCAGGACGGCGCCUCCAAGGAGGCCGCACGGGGCGCCGCCGAGUUCAAGCGACAGCUGGAGGAGCGGCCGCUCCAGUUCGCCUUCCAGGACGGCGUCGUGGACGAGCUGUGCCCCGCGCCCGGGGAGCCCGUCUGGGUCCUCAACGUCAAGAGGGGCGUGCUGUCCACCUUCCAGAACGCCAUGCCCGACUUCCGGAUCGACUCGACGGUGUACGAGACCGACGUGACGGGCACGUGCGAGACGCACUACGCCCACGCCGGCGUGCUCGAGGACAACCUGCUCAUGACCAAGACCAAGAACCUGCUGGCCUGCUCGCACCGCAUGCAGCACCACCUGUCUGUGCAGUCCACGCAGUACGCCUCGCCCAACCCCGCGCACGCCCUGCCGCUGCUCAGGAGCAACCACACCUGCAAGUUCGCGCUGAGCUACGGCGGCCACCUGCGCUCCGCGGAGUGCACGGAGUCGCACUUGUUCCGGCCCUUCUCCUCCGGCGAGAGCGGCGCGCGCACCAACGUCAAGCAGACCCUGACGCUGGUGGAGACGUCGACCCCGGACGAGGAGGCUGACGUUCCCCGCCUCACGGCCCCGACCUUCGCGCGCCGCACCAACAUGCUGUUCGAGCACGAGGAGGCCGUCACCGCGGCCGGCGCCGGCACCAUGGAGGCCGUCAAGGCCUCGCUGGCGGCGCUGGCGACGCGGACGAAGGACGGCGUGGACAAGCAGUCCGCUGCCAUGUUCUCCAGGCUAGUCGCCGACCUCCGCGGCCUGCAGCUCAAGGACCUGUCCCUGCUGUUCGACGAAACCGAGGAGUUGCGCCAGCGCCGAUUCCUGCUAGACGCGCUGCCCCUCGUCGCGACCGCCGAGUCCCUGGAGACCAUGCUCAGCCUGUGGCGCUCCGAGCAGAUCACCGGCAAGGAGAUGGACUCGUGGCUCGCCGCCAUCCCCUUCCAAACUCACGCCAAGCCCAACAUGAUCACCGCCCUUCUGCCUCUGCUGGACGGCCUGCCUCGUCCUCGCGCGCUGCUGGCCGUGUCGGCGCUAGUGCACCGCGUGUGCGCAGGCCGCCCUGAGUGCGCCGCCGAAGUCCCCGAGGUCGCCGUCGUGGUGAGCAGGCUGGAGCGCCUGCUGGGCGCGGACUGCCGCGCCCUCGGCCGCGACGAGACCGACAUGGUGCUGCUGGCCUUGAGGGCGCUGGGCAACGCCGGCGUGGUCAUCACCCCCGCCACCCUGGCACGCUGCUACGAGAGCACGACCAACCCCCUGGAGGUGCGCCUGGCCGCGCUGACGGCGUGGCGCCGCGCGCCCUGCGAGGUGCAGCCCUCCAGCGCCUUCCUCAGGCUGUACACCGAGCAGCGCCUCGACGUGGAGCUGCGGAUCGCCGCCUACCUGGCCGCCAUGCGCUGCCCGUCGCCCACCACCAUCAGGGUCGUCAAGGACGCCUUGUACGCGGAGGACGUUAACCAAGUGGCUUCGUUCGUUUGGACGCAUUUGACAAACCUGCAAGAAACAGCCAGCCCCUGGAAGCAAAACUUACGCGAGCUCGUGGAGAGCGACUUCCUGAAGAACAAGUUCAAGACAGACGUCCGCAAGUUCUCGCGCAACUACGAGGGCUCCGUGUUUGUGGACAAAGUGAACAUGGGCGUGACGACGGAGAGCAACGUGGUGUUCUCGCCGCAGUCCUACUUGCCGCGCUCGGCCAACCUCAACCUGACCGUGGACGUGUUCGGCGAGUCCGUCAACUUGUUUGAGGUGGGCGCGCGCGUCGAGGGCUUUGAGUCCGUGGUGGAGGGGCUCUUCGCCAAGGGCGGCGCCUUCCCCGACGAGGGCGUGCAGGCCAUGCUGCAGAACCUGCGCUCCGGCCCCACCUCGGACGCCGAGAACAGCAUCGCCAAGCUGUCCAGCGCGUUCGACGCCCGGCGCCGCCUGCCCCAGGAGCCCCACGGCGAGAUGUACGCCCGCGUCUUCGGCAACGAGCUGCACUACUCCCGGUUCAACGGGCUGCAGGAGCUCGCCGAGAACACGGACACUUUCGCCCACCCGAUGAAGACCCUGAUCGGGCUGCUGCGCCGCUCCGAGUUGGACGUCACCAAGUCCCUGGUGUUCCUGGACGCGGCCUACGUGCUGCCCACGGCCUCCGGCAUGCCGCUGGAGCUGACGGCCAACGGCUCCGCCACGGUGGGACUGCAGGUCAAGGGCCGGCUGGACCUGUCCGAAAUGAUGACGAAGAAGGCCCUGCUGGUGGAGGGGCGCGUUGCGCCCUCGGCCUCCGUGCAGAUCGUCGCCAACAUGGGCAUCAACGCUUACGUCACACGCACCGGCCUGCGCACAAUCAGCACCAUGCACUCGAGCACCUUCGUCGACGGCAAGAUUCAAGUGAACGGCGGAAAGCUGACGGAGGUCUCUCUGAACGUGCCGCGCGAGCGCGUGGAGGUGGUGGAGGUCUCGUCCAAGCUGUACCUGCUGCACCGCGAGCAGCCCCGCGAACUGCAGGGCGUGGUGGAGGACAGGGACGAGACGGAGGGCUGCUCGUCAGACACCGCCGCCGCCGUCACCGGCUUCAAGAUGUGCGGAACGCUGUCCUACGCGAACGCAUCUCGGUUUGAGGACGCGCCGUACUUCCCGUUGACAGGGCCCUUCAACAUGUCCGUCGUCCUGCACCGCACCGACACCUUCGACAAGUACUCUUUCCAGUACAAGUCGGAGUUUGAGAAGCCAAACGACCCGACCUCACCCGUGUCCUGGUCAGCCACCUUCGACACCCCCGGCUCCCGCGUCAACCGGAAGCUGGUCGGGCUGCUGUGGGCGGACAUCCGGCAGCUCGGGGCGCGCGCGCAGCUCGUGUCUCCGUGGGCCGCCGUGGAGGGCACUGCCAAGGCCAACCUGGCGCGCGACAAGCGCUCCCUGGACGUGACCGUCAACAAGGACGGCCGCGAGGUGCUGGCCCUGGCCGCGUCCUGCGUGCAGAUGGCGUCCUCAGGGGGCGGCCAGGCCGGCAGCCGCCUGGAGCCCACCAUGACGGUGCACUGGCGGCGGCACGCGCUCCUCGACAUGCGCGGCUCCAUCAACUACAUCACCAACACCAAGUACAGCGCGGACCUGACGGUGGGUGGGCUCACCGAGCAGCCGGUCGCCCUGGCCGCCGACCUGACCCGCGCCGGCACCAAGUGGGACUUGACCGCGUCGGCGCGCGCCGCCGGCAUCGACGCCGGCGUCCAGGGCAGCGCGCGCUGGGCGCCGCCCAACGUGGUCAGCGCCAAGAUCACCGCCAACUACAAGCUCGGCUCCAGCAAGGCGCACGACGUGGCCCUGGCCGCCAAGUACCAAAGCAACGACAAGGGCGCGCUGUCCAGGAAGAGCGCGUCGUUCAACCUGCAGACGUCGCAGUGGCCGCAGCACAACGUGGUGGCCGCGUUGGACCUGCAGCGCGCGGACCGCUACUGGGAGAGCAGCCAGCAGCUGGGCCUCGGCGACUCGCUGUGGACGGCGCAGCAGCUGUACCGCAACCGCCACCCCAACGAGCACAGCGACCUGGCGCUCAAGCUGAGCCUGGCCAACGCCAAGAAGGGCGUGGACUACCGCCUGGACCUGCAGCACCUCACGACGGACGUGGGCCUGGCGUCGCACGCGCUGCUGCAGUACUCCAAGGACGUGCGCUGGAACGCGGCGCUGGAGUACGGCGUGAGCCUGACGGCCUCGGACGGCGCGGCGCUGACGGCGUACCGCCUCAACGCGCAGCUGGCCUGCCCCUGGAGGCUGCUGGACUGGAAGGCGGACGUGCAGCAGCAGGCGAGGGGCAGCUACCGGGCCAACGCGCGCGGCCGCUACGAGGUCACCGUGCCGCAAGGGCCGAAAGUGCAACACGAGUUGGUGAUUAACGGCACCUACUCCAACAACAACACCCUCGUGUCCCUGCACCACGUGCUGGAGCUGGACGCGGCCUUCCCCAAGUCCAAGUCGGCGUCCUGGGCCGUGCCCUUCCGCGUGACGGCCGCCAUGGCCGCCGCCAACGGGCGCGCCAGGCAGUGGCUGCAGGUGGACCGCGCCGGCGCGCGCUACCGCAUCGACGUGGACUACACCAAGAACAGGUACCACGUGGUGGACGUGGUGCUGCGCCUCGACACCAAGGGCUACAAGGGCCGCCUGGCCAUCCUCAACGAGGACACGGAGAAGGGCGCCAUCCUGGACCUGCAGUUCACCAAGCGCUUCGUGCUCGACACCAAGGUCUCCUGCGACGGCGUUAAGCACGUCGUGUCCGUGGAGAUGUUCUGGGACAAGGACGUGGACCCCAAGAAGCGGGUGGCGCUGCACGCCGAGGCCGACUCCGAGUCCAGGCAGGCCGAGCUGGCCUUCCCGGACCAGUACAUCAAGUUGCAAGUCACCAAGCUGCCGAACGGCUUCACGUCCGUCUUGGAGUGGACGGGCGGCGACCGCCUCACGCUCAACACGGAGUGGGCCCUGAGCGCGGAGAGCGGCAAGCUGUCCGCCAGCCUCACCACGCCCUUCCACGGCUACAAGAUGCAGACCAUGGCCGCCCUCUACGUCCUCACGGACAACAGCACCGACGCGCGGGUGGACCUGACGUGGAGCGACCAGAUGCUGUCCGUCAACAUGCUGGGCGAGACGCUGCACGGCGGCCUCCGCGCCACGGCACACGUGUCCAGCUCGCUGUCGCUGCUGCGCAACGUGACGCUGGCCGUGAGCCACGUGGACGUCAAGAACGGCACGACGAGGGAUAUGCAGAGCCACUUCUCGCUCGACUACAACAGCCACCGCACGGCAGCCGACGCCAAGCUGCUCGCCACCAACAUCGGCGUGUCCGGCACCGCGUCCUUCGUCAGCCCCUUCGAGCUGGCCCGGUCGCUGUCCGGCAAGUUCGCCCUGGAGAACGACGUUUACGGCGACCGCGGCCAAGUGGAGGUCAGCUGGGCGCCAGAGCGGCGCGCGGGCGCCGAGUUCAAGCUCAUGAUGGGCCGCAACCCGCACGUGCUGCUGCAGGUGGUCACGCCGUUCGAGGGCUACGAGCUCACCAUGGCCGAGUUCCAGUACAACGCGGUGGGCGACGCCGCCAACGUGAACCUCCGCGGCGAGCUGAACCGCAAGGCUGUGUCCUUGUCAAUGCAGGGCCAGCGCUCCGACGCCGUGCUCAAGGGCCAGGCCGAGGUGGCCUCCCCCUUCUCCAAGACCGUCAAGAUGACCGCGGAGCACAGCACCAAGAAGGGCAAGAUCCACGACGUGUUUAAGGUUAACUACGGCGACAAGACCAUCCUUGACGUGGACGUCGGCGGCGACGUCAAGUUCCCCACGCUCGUGGACGUGACCGGCAAGUUGGCCGUGCCCGGCCACCGCCUGCAGUCCGCCAUCCUCAGCAAGGUGGACGACGUGGGGCUGACCACGCAGCUCAGCGGCGAGUGGAACGAGGACACUGCAUCGCUGCGCGUCGAAGGCAGCCUCCGGAAGCAGGGCGAGGAGACCCUGUUCGACUACAAGAUGACCCUGGCCGGCACAGUACUGCCUCGGCAGCUCGUCCUGGCGCUCCACCACCGCCACAAGCCCAGCGUGCACUACAUCACCAAAGUGGCUCUGCCCGGCUCCGUCCAACUGUCGCACAGCCUCACCAUGGAGGAUGCCACUCACUGGGAGAACUCCAUCACGGUGCAGACGCCCAACAAGACCGGCUCCAUCGUCAACGCGCACAGCAUGGCCUUCGACGGCAGCGAGCUAGAGCACUCCAUGACGGCCACGCUCAACGGCAAAAAGGCCACCGCCGAACUGUCAUACAGCAAGUACUCGGCGGGCUACUUCAAGAGCCUGGAGGCCGUCAUCAACACGCCCUACUCCGACCCCGUCAAGUUCAACUUCGAUCUGCCAUUCGAGGGCAAGAACACCUGCCGGCCCAAGGUGGUGCUGAAGUACAAGGAGAAGACCGUGAGCGCCGUGGCCCUGGUCAGGCUCAACAAGGGCGGGGCUCACUUCAACCUGCAGCUGGAAACACCCUUCUGCCCGCCCGUGAGUGUUGACGCCGAUGUGGACCUGCUCAGCUCCCCGAAGAAGACCUACAUGCUGGUCAAGUGGAAUGGGAAGGUGAUGGAGGUGGACGCGAGCGGCGAGCUGAGCAGGCUCAAGUCCAGCUACUCCGUCAAGAUGGUCCGGUCGGACCUGGGCCUGGACGUGUUCCGCAGCGAGGGCCGCUACGACCUGGCCGCGGCCACCAAGUCCGCCGCGCUGUCGCUCAAGCUGGACGCGCAGGAGUGGUUCGUGAGGGCCAACGGCGCCGCGUUGACGGACAACUACGUCGCCUCGUUCGAGUACCAUCUGCCCAUCCCCAGCUGGGAGACGCUCAAGCUAGCAGGGGACAUCGACCUGACGCGCCCCACCAAGCUGGCCGUGCUGUCCUUCAACCGCAAGGACGCGCACCUCGUGCUCUCGGCCUCCACCACCAUCAACCGGCACUCGCCGCGCUUCAGCCUGUCGCUGGACAGCAACAUCCCGGGCAUCAACUCGGCCUACUUCCAGUCCGCCUACAACCGCGACGCCGAGCACGCGCACACUGUCGACGUCACCUACGGCCAAGCCGACUACGAGGUGAAGCUCGCCGGCAACCUGACGACCAACGACCUGGCGGGCCUGGCCAACAUCCAGCUCGUCACCCCCAUAAAGGGCUACGAGCGCAUGUCGCUCAACUUCGUCUACGACCUCAAGGGCGUGCACCAGAAGGUGAUCUUCAAGACGGCCAGGAACGACUGGGAGGUUCUCUUCGACGGCAACAGCAGCCUGGACGAGAAGGGUGCGGGCGAAGCGACACUGCUGCUGAACCUGCCGUACGAAGGCAUGGAGGAGCUCAAGGCAAGCCUCAAGCAGGAGCUCGACAAAGGCAAGCGCUCCGUGAACGUGGUCCUCACCAACCUGGACAAGGCUGUGUCUCUCUCAGGUGACGUCAUCACCCCCGAAGAGGGUGGCGUGGCCAUCAAGGCCGCCCUCGUCACCCCCUUCGAUGGCUUCGAGUCCAUCGGCGGCCACCUGAACGUGACCAGUCCUCAGCUGCAGCAGAAGCGUGCCAGCGUCUCCCUGCACCGGAACGAAUUCAAAUUCCACGCUGCCGGCCAGAUGAACAUCCAGCGCCUUAAGAGCUCGGGCUCCAUCGCUGUGGCUACGCCGCUUGAGGGCUACAAGGGCUUCGACAGCGAGUUCGAGUACGACGUCUCCGGUGCCACCAAGAGCGGCCGCGCCGAGUACAAGGCGGUGGGCGGCGUCGCCAACGUGGUGCAGUUCAGCUCCAAGACGGCCACGCCCAAGAACGGGCAGGCCGAGGCGGCGGUGACGUUGCCGCUGCUGGGGCUGCCGCAGAUCAAGGUGGACGGCAACUUCGACUGCAGGAACGCCAACAAGUUUGCCGACUUCAAGGUGCGCCUGGACGGCGAGGCCGAAGUGAUGAGCGCGCGGGUGGAGAUGGAGCAGAACAAGAUGAAGGCGUGGUUCGUCACGCCCAAGGAAGGCUUCAAGGACGUGUUCAUCUCCGGCUCCAUCUCCUCCGAGAACGGCAAGAAGGUCGUCCUCGUGCAGGUCAAGAACAGCAACGCCGACUCCAACCUGACGAUCGAGGCCAACCUGCAGAAAUUCGCUUCUGACGUGACCGUGGACGUGACGACGCCGUUCGAGGAGUGGCAGUCCAUCAAUCUAGCCGCCAAGUACGACCUCAUCAGCACCAAGAAGAUGGCCUUCUUCAAGCUGGCUAGGAACAAACAGAACAUCUUCGACGCGUCGGCGCGCGCCUUGCUGGAGCUUAAGUCGGGCGAGGCUGACAUCAAGCUGGCCACCUCCUUCCUGGACUUCAGCUCGCUGGCGUACCGCGGCUCGUACGACUUCACGGACGACUUGUCGGCGGCCGCGUCCCGCGAGAGGGACGGCGUCACGCAGACCCUGGCCGGCAGGGUGUCCCUCCAGGACGACGGCGCCAACGUCCGCGUCCAGACCCCGUUCGAGGGCUUCGAGGACGUGACUCUGGCCGGCAGGUACUCUGGUGGGGAGGCCAAGUCGGCCGAGCUCUCCCUCGAGACCAACGGCAAGAAGAAGUCGUUUGAAAUCGCCAUCACCAACAAGAACCAAAUCGCCAAGAUUGCCAUGAAAACGCCGCUCAAGGACUUCGAGAAGGUGGACGUGGUGCUGAACUACGGCGGCCUCCUCAAGAAGAGCAAGACGUACAGCGUGGACCUGUCCAUCAAGGCCAACGAGAAGACUUUCGUGCACACCGGCGGCAUCCUGGGCCUCAACUGGGACAGCAAGAUCACCCUGGACGCCGUGGUCGACAUCCCCGUGCUGGGCGGCUACUUCGACGAUUUGUCCGUGGACUUCGUGAUGCUGCCCGGACUGCCGCCGAGAAUGACGCGCGUCAUCCUGAAGAACCGCGGCGACCUGACGCUCGAGAUGAAGAGCGACAUCUUCAACACGUACAACGGAGGCUUCACGGCCACGGCCUACAUGUCGUACAACGAGACCGAGAGGAAAACCAAACUCGAGUUCUACCCCAGGGAGAUUUUGAUCCGCGGCUCCUUCGUGGCCGACGACAGGGUGGUGUUCAGCGGCGAGUUCCUCUUUGACUCCGCCGACAACAAGGUGAACGUCGAGGUCAAGUCCCCGUUCGAGGACUACGAACACGUUGGCCUCGGCUGGAAGCACGGCCACAACUUCGCCCAAGCCUGGAUGAAAACGCCCAUCGAGGAGCUCGAGGACUUGAAGGCGUACGGCGAGUUCAACAUCAAGGAGGCCAGCAACAGCUCGGUCAAGCUCUCCGCCAGCAGAAACGACAACAUUUUUGACCUGGACAUCCUCAUCAAGUACGGAUUUGAGAACGGAGACUCGCACAUCAACAUGAGGACCUCGCUGAAGAACUACGAGAAGUGCUCCCUCGGGGUGCAAUACGAUGUGAAGAACGCCCGCAAGUCCGCCGUCGUCUACAUGGAGCGCAACGAGAACGUGCACUCCGUUUCCGGCGACGUGCUGGUGUCCGGCCUGGUCGGCGACGCAGUCCUCAACGUGCGGACGCCUUACGACGGCUACAAGGACGUGCGACUGGAGGGCACCUACGACCUCAACACGCGCGGCCACAAGAAGGUGACCCUCGUCGGGGACUUCGAGGACCAGCGACGCGUCAACGGACGCUUCGGACUCACGUACGGCGGCUCGCGCUCCAGCAUCGAGCUCAUCUCGGAGACGCCCUUCCCCUUCGCCACCUUCAGCGUGGUCGGCGCCUACGACUACGCCGCGCCAUCCAGCACCUGGAACAUCAAGUCCUCCGUCAAGCUGGCCGGCGUGGCGGCGGAGGUGAGCGCCGUCAUCGUCAAGAACAAGGAGGGCAACCUGGUGGUGGCCUACGCGACGCAGAACGAGGACAAGAAGGUCAAGGUGGACUGGCAGCUGGAGAACGGCCUCAAGCACAAGAAGGCUGCUUUCUCCGUGGACAUGGGCGCAGGCAAGAAAAUCGAAGCCGUGGCCUCCAUGUAUCUGGACGGGUUCAAAAACGUGGACACCGAGGUGACCAUCACGAGCCUCAACUCGCAGACGUACUCGUUGACGGCGCAGUGGAACAUGGCGCGCAGCAACGUGAUCGCGGGCAACAUCGGCCUGCAGUGGGGCCCCAACAAGGAGAUCAAGCUGGAGGGCGACCUGGAGAUCGGAGAGUCCAAGAAGCCCGUCAAGCUGGGCCUCAAGCUGACCUCGCCCUUCCGCAACCUGGAGAACGUGCGCUUCAGCUCCAUCGUCACCUACGACAGCGAGCUGGUACUCACCUCCGAGCUGCAGUGGGACCCCACCAAGAAGAUCGUGCUCAACAGCAUGUUCAGCCACAGCGUGCUCCAGACCAAGUCCAGGGUGGAGUUCACCACGCCGUUCACGCCGCCGCUGCUGUUCACGCUCAAGCAGGACCACGCCGGGAUGCUGGAGGCGCUGUUCCAGCUCGGCCCCGACAAGUACGAGCUGAAGGGCAACGUAGCGCAGUACUCGACGCGCCACCUCGAGGUGGACUUCGCCCUGACCACGCCCAAGGUGGGCCUGACCUUCCUCAAGCUGGCCGGCACCUACAACCUGGACGGCGCGGAGAAGCUCGCCACGGCGGCCUUCACCAAGGAGAAGGAGACGGCCUCGGUGCACCUGUCCCUCAAGGCGGACCGCAAGCAGCACUCCGCCAGGGUGGCCGUCGUGGCGCUGGAUGGCCGCCAGUGGGAGGUGAGCGGCACUCUGAACCGCACCAAGGGCGUGGCGGCCACCGCGCUGCUGCAGUGGAACGAGCACGAGAAGAUCGACCUGACCGUCGACUGGGUUCCCACGCAACUCUCCGUCGAGGCCAAGACGCCCUUCGCCGGGUUCAAGGACCUGCGCGCUGGCUACCUGCUCGACUUCGCCGACACCACCAGGAAGGGCCAGAUCAACGGCAAGAAGGAAGCCGACGAGAUCGACGUCAGCUUCAACGUCGACCUGGCGAACCCCGACGUGGUCAACUUCGAUUUGGCGCUCAAGACGCCGUUCACGGAGUACGUGUCGGCCUCCGGGACGUACCGCGAGAACGACGGACACCACGUGGAGAUGACGGUCAAGGACAAGCGCCACCAGACCAAGGUUGAGGGCAAGCUACGUUACGAACGGCAGGAGAACCAGCUGGACCUGCACUUCGAGUCCUCCAAGGACGAGUACAAGGGGCUGGACAUCCGCGCCGGCUACAACCUCAACGGCCAGCACGGCAACAAGCACAUGCACGUCAACAUGCGUGUGGGCGAGACCACGCUCAAGGCGCGCGUCGAGGGCAACCUCAAGAGUGACACCGUGCACGCCCUGCUGCGCGUCGACUCCUCUCUCGCCGCCAUCAAGACCCUCGAGACGGGGGUGAACCUGCACAAGAACGCCAACGGCCUGCUGCGCGGCAACGUCAACUACAUGCGCAACGACGCGCUGUACCAGGUCCGCGGCACCGGCAACUACCAGGUGGGCAACGUGCGCGCGCAGAUGACGGUGGAGAUGCCCGGCAGGAAGAUUGACAACAUCUUCGUCAUCAGCCGCUACGACGCCAAGUCCGUCAGCUUCGUGGCCGGCACGCAGGCCAGCAAGUUCGAGUUCGAGGGCACGUUCAACCUGACGGGACCCGUGUACUCCGUCAACGCCACCCUCAAGUCGCCCUUCGUCAAGGUGCUAGAGCACCUGUCGCUCAAGACGGUCGUGGACUCGCAAAACCCGGCCGUGUACUUCCUCGGCCAGUGGACUCCAGAGGACAAGGUGGUCGGCCAGGCGUCCAUCAAGGCCAACAGGCUGCUCGUCAAGCUGGAGACGCCGUUCAAGCGCUGGGAGUCGGUGGAGGUGUCCGGGCAGUACUCUAGGAACGACCUGGCAGUGUACGACCUGGAGAGCAAAGCCAACUGGAACGACUUCGAGAUCAAGCUCACGGGGUCGCUCAACAGCGAGCCUAGCGACUUCGGUGUCAAGGGGCAGCUGGAGUGGAGCGGCAACCAGAAGAUCGACUUGGACGCCACCGUGCAGGUGGCCGGAGGAGAGAACCUCAACAACAUCAAGUGCAAAUUCCGCUUGUAUACGCCGUUCCAGCAGAUGAAUCGCAUGGAGCUGGACCUGGCGCUGGACAUGGCCAACAAGGGCCAGCUCAAGUCGCGCCUGGCGCUGGUGACGCCGUUCGAGAUGCUGCCGGAGCUGCGCUCCACCCUGGUGCUGCGCAACGACGACUACCGCCAGAUGAGCGGGCUCAUCGAGGCCACGGCGCUGGGCCGCGAGAUGCGCGUGGGCGCGAACAUCGCCAAUGACGCGCUGCAGAACGUCAACCUCAAGCUGGAGGUGCUCAUCCCCUUCCUGGAGAUCCCACCCAUCACCAUCGAGGGCAACCUGAACCAGCGGGAGUGGCGCAGCGUGGACUCGCAGAUCAAGGUGAUCCUGCCCAAGAACACCUACCACGUCGGCGGCAACUACCACCUGGAGGGCCUGACCCUGGACGCCAAGUGCGUGCUGAAGACCCCCGCCAUCGACACGGAGCUGUCCUUCGGAGGCAAGCUGGACUACGAGGACCUCGACCGCAUCCUGGCCCAGGCCUAUUUCGGCGGCAACAACGUCUCCGCCAUGUACGAGCUCAAGGACACUUCCCUCACGGGCAGCGUCCACCUGAACGUCCCCACCUUCAAGGUGAAGGUCGCCAGCCUCGAGUUCAAGGGCUCUUACAGCCCCUCGAUCGAAGCCUUCGUCUCGUACAACUGCCAGAAGCACGCCGGUUCCGCCAGGCUGGCCAUCGAGCACAAGCCGGACUCAGUGUCCACCCGCGUCGACCUCGACCUGCCGGACUGGCUGGGCUCCAAGCGGCGCACCAUGCAGGUGAGCCUCAAGUUCCCCGACAACUCCUACAAGGCCCUCAUCACCGUGGAGUCCGUCAACAAGCACGUGCUCUCGGUGGCGUUGACGAACGACAAGGACGUACUGGCCGUGAGCGCGCACGCCAACAGCCCCAUCGUCGGCGAGAAGAACGGUGAGAUGAAGCUCCACAAGGACUGGGAGGCCCUCACCGUCAACCUCAACGACAUCCUGCUCGUGGACAAGAACAAGAACAUCGGGUCCGUGACGCUCAAGUUCCGCAACGCGGCGCACCGCAUCCAGUACCUGUUGGAGGAGUCCCGGGCGGGCAGCAUGGGCGGCAGCGUGGAGAUGGAGUCGCCGCUCAUCCGAGCCCAGAAGCUCACCGUCAACGGCAACUUCGUGCAGUCGGCGAACCGCGUGUUCGGCGAGGUGGACUGCAUCCUGGGCACGGCCAACCACCGCGGCUCCCUCACGCUGACCCUUGCCGAGGACGGGCGCUCCACCACGACCAAGCUGGAAGUGGUGUCGGUGGGCGAGCCCAUCCUCAACGUGGAAGCCAAGGCCUCGUACGACAACACGGUGUCCAAGGCGGAGCUGUCCGUGCAGAUCAUGAACACGGACAACAGAAUAAGCUUCCGCCACAAGCGCACGCUCCCGCUCGACUCGAAGCUGGUCGUGGCCACGCCACUGAUCGGCGAGAAGCCGUUCCAGGCCGUGCUCACCACGGCCAACUACUCCAUCCUGGCGUACGCCGGCACGGGCGAGGACUUGACCAGCCACUACGUGCUGCUGGACGCCUCGCUGGAGCGCAAGCUCGGCACGGCGCACCUCAACUUCAGGGCGCCCAUGGUGCCCUUCGUGCGCUCGCUGGCCAUGAGCGGCGAGUUCGUGGCCGAGAGCACCCGCAACGUCAAGCUGAACCUCGGCGUGGACUUCGUGUCCGACUACGCCAACCUGAAACUCGAGUCCCUCUUCUCCCUGAACGCCACCGAGCUGCUGGCCAAGCUGGACCUGCAGACGCCCAUCGAGGGCCUGGAGUCGCUGCAGGCGUCCGCGCGCGUGCCGCUCGUGCUCACCAGGGACAUGGACGUGCACGUGCGGGCCUCGCUGCCCAGUGGCGCCACCUACGGCGCGCACGCCCUGUUCAAGAACCUGGCCGAGCGGCUCGAGAUGAGCGUGGGCGCGCAGUGCAAGUCCAGGAAGCUGGGCGGCGCGCUCAAGGUCAUCUACGGCCCCGUGUACGCCCUGGAGGCGGAGGUGAACACGCCCUUCCCGCCCUACAGCCACUACCGCCUGGACCUCAAGGGCCAGCGCAGCCUGGUGGACGGCAACGACAUUGUCAACUACGUCGAGUGGAACGAUCAGCGCGUCGAGCUGCGCUACUCCAUGCUGGCGGCGUCCAGGAAGUUCGAGACGAGCGUGCAGCUGACCACGCCCUUCGUGUCCUACGAGCGCUACGCUCUGAGCCUCAAGAUGGAGAACAACCUUCGCAAGGCUCUGUCCAUCAAAAUCUCGCAUCCGCAGUUGCGCCAGGACCUGCUCGUCGAGUUCGACUACACCUUCAACGGCAUGUCCGACGUGAAUCUGAUCGCUAGGGUGACGGCCGACAUCCACCCCGCCUUCGAGUCGGCCUCGCUGCUGUUCAGCAACAAGCUCAACGCCGCCAACAGGAGCUACACUGGUAGCCUGAGCGCGCGCUACAACCAGGAGGAGCUGCUGUUCUCCGCGGAGGGCCAGCUCAAGCCCGGACUGGUCAUGUCCGAGAUCCAGGCCACCAUCAACUCCAAGCAGCUGUACUUCCAGGCCAAGGGUGGCGUCGUGGACGAGGUGAUCGAGGUCUCGCUGCAGCUGGAGACGCCCUUCCAAGUCAUCCGCGAUGCAGAGAUAUUUCUGCAGGCGUCCAACCGCAGACUCAUCGGCACGGAAGCCAAGAUCGUGUACAACGCCCACGAGUACCUGGGCGUGAGCGUGCGCCGCGACGACUCCAACGUGACGACCUUCGAGGCCUGGAACUCUUGGCGCCCGGUGUCGGCCAGCUACCUGGUGUCGCUGGGCACCGAGACCCACCUGCUCGGCGAGGUGUGCUGGGACAUGCACGCCAAGGAGCAGUCCAUGAUCCGCUACGAGUUCCACGCCACCAAGCCGGUGGCCUCCAGGAGGGAGGUGACGUCCACGCUGCAGGUGCCGACGCGCGUCAUGUCGCUGAGCGGCGUGGCGGAGGCCAGCGACGAGCGCUACGAGUACGGCGUGGACAUGUCCAUCGAGAAGGACCAGACCUACGGCGCGACCGUGGUGCUGAACCUGGACUACGUGGAGGACCCCGUGACGGACCUCAAGUGCGAGGUGCGAGGCGUGCUACGGCUGCCACACCGCACGCUGGAGAUGGCGCGCUUCGAGGAGCUGCGGCGCUCCGACGGCGUCAUCAAGCUGAACCGCGUGGGCACCGAGUUCCUCUGGGACGCAGCCAACGACCGCGACAAGAAGUUCCUGCUGCUGGUGGUGCGCGAGGCCGGCAAGGAGGAGAUCCGCCUGCAGCACGCCGCGCUGCAGCACGACAUCGUGCUCCGCUACGAGCAGGCCCUGCACGAGGUGCGCGCCACGCUGGAAUACUCGCCAGUCCCCGAGGACCUCAUCGUGGUCGAGGGCCAGUACAAGGACGCCGUCGACCACAUGCUGACCGUGCUCACCGUGCGACACCAGUCCUCCGACCUGGACCUCCGCGUGGCGCUCAAGGGCGGCAGCAGCCAGGCCGAGAGCUCCGGCACCAUCAACAUCAAGUACCUGGACAGCCGCACCAGGCAGGACCGAGUGCUUGAGCUUCGCGGCCAUGUGCAGCACGCCGAGCCCGCCGUGGAGGCCGUGGUCCUCACCAACGAGAACCGCAUCGCGGUGGGCGGCAAGCUGUGGUCGCGCGGACCCGGCCUGUACCGCGGCGCGGAGGCGCGCGUGCAGAUGAACCAGCGGGACCCCCUGCGCGUGCAGGCGCAGCUCAACGCCGUGGACGACUCGCCCUCCAUCGCCGUGGACGUGCAUUACGGCGAGAGCCGCACCUACUCCAUGUUCGCCGGCAUGCCCAACCACCGCGAGGUCAAGGCCAGCGCGCAGCACAACCUGUUCGGCACCAACACCAUCGACGGCCUCUUCACCAUGAAGCUCAACAACAGCAAGCUCUUCUGGACGCGCGCGUCCUGGCGCCUCGGCGUCGUCGACGAGAUGCAGAACGCCGUGCUCGCGGACUACAACGACCUGGUGCUCGCCGGCGGCGCCAUCUACGACGGCUUCACCGACUUCCUGCGCGAGGACGUCGGCGGCAAGUGGGAGGCCGUGUACCCCCGCGUCAUGGACACGCUGGACGAGGUGAUGCAGUACAACAUCCGCACCAAGAAGGCCAUCGCCGCCGACCUGCCCGACAUCCUGGCAAAGCUCAAGGAACACUUCGAGCACAAUGAUUUCUUCGUUAAGGACAUCUGGAAUUUCUUUGCGUCUGCAGCAUCUGUGGCGAGCGGUGGCGCCUCUUGUGUCACCAAGCACGGCUUGGAGGUGCUGGACGCGGCGUACUCGGCUGUGAAGAGCUUCGCCUCCAUGCUGGUGGACAUCGUGUACAUCGACAUCGCGGCCACCCUGGACGUGAUCCCAGUCAUCAAAGCUUUGGGUAAGAACGCCAUGGUCCACUGGAACGCCACGAUGACGGACUUGGCGGAGCUGCGCAACGCGACGCACCGCUGGACGCGCGAGGUGCUCAAGUCGGCGCACGACUCGCUGGCGCAGCUCGAGAGCUCCGUGGCCGCGCAGCUGGACCGCUGGGACGCCUUCGUGGAGGACGCCAAGCGCCGCAUCGAGCGCGCCGUCGUCCCCGGCCUGCUCACCGCGCAGGAGAUGUUCGCCUUCCUCAACUACCACGUCACUCGGAUCCAGGAAUCCGUUUCCGCCUUCGUGGAGUCCGUCAAGACGCACCUCAUGAGCAUGGAGGAGGUGCGCGAGGUGCUCCACCUGUACUCGCAGUACGCGUCCUGGCUCGAGGACUUCCACGUGCAGGACUACUUCGACCAGUACCUGUCCGAGCUCAGCGACACGGCCGAGUGGGUGGUGCGGGACUUGCGCCAGACGUACUCGGACUACAAGGCGUACUUCGACGCGCUGUGCGACGCCGCCUUCGGCCACUACGAGGCGCUGCACAAGCUGCCCCCCGUGGCCUACGUGCGCAAGCUGGCCGGCAAGGUGUACCAGAAGGCGCUGUGGGCCUGGCGCUACUACGACGUCACCAAGGAGAUCGGCGAGAGCCUGCUGUGGGCGCUGCACCAGCUCGAGGUGGGCCUCAUGGACCUGCUGAACCACAUGGACGCCAGCGCCGUGGCGCGCCCCACCCUGGAGCCCUCGUCCAGCCUCAUCCUGGACAAGGACCUGGGGCUGCUGGAGUACACGCAGACCCUGCCCAUCCACUGGCACGGCUUCGACCGCCUGCCCGAGUUCCACGAGCUGUCGCCGUACCGCGUGGCCCAGGAGCAGACCGCCGACAUCAGUUCUCUCGACAAGUACCGCUACUACCUCCUGGACGCCCUCAACGAGUACCGCUCGGGGCUGAAGCUGUCGCGCUGGCUGCCGCCCUACGGCGCCACCGGCCUGCUGGUGGGCCGCCACCACUUCAUGACCUUCGACAAGCAGUUCUUCGACUUUGCCGGGGAAUGCUCGUACCUCCUCACCUCCGACUUCGUCAACUCCAAGUUCUCCGCCAUCGUCAACUACGAAAUCAUCAACCGCAAGGUGCAGAAGAAAUCGCUGACGGUGCUGACCGACGGCCACAGCAUCGAGGUGACGUCGAACCAGCGCGUCCUGGUGGACGGCAAGAAGGCCGAGACACCCACGCUGGUCGGCGACUCGACGACGGUGACCCGGGAGGGCGACCGCGUCCGCAUCACCUCCCAGCACGGCCUCACCGUGGACUGCAACCUGCGCUACGACGUGUGCACGCUGGACAUCACGGGCUGGCACUUCGGCCGCACCGGGGGCCUGCUCGGCACGUACGACAACGAGCCCGCCAACGACCUGGCCAUGCCCACCGGGGAGCUCUCGGAGACCGGCGACCUGGAGGCCUUCGCGGACGCGUGGCGCGUGGGCCGCAAGCAGUGCCGGCCGCUGAACCACGCCUCCGCCGACACCACCACCGUGGCCAAGCAGGCCGACCGCGGCCUGGCCAGGGAGGCGCAGGAGACGUGCGCGUCCUACUUCCUGGACAGCGACUCGUCGCUGGCGCCGUGCUUCCCGCGGGUGGACCCCGCGCCGUUCCGCGCGCUGUGCGAGGCCGACGUCAGGCAGCAGGCCAACAGCCCCGCCAGGGACCGCGCCCUGUGCGCGCCCGCCGCGGCCUACGUGGAGCUGUGCCGCCGCGCCGGCAUGGAGCUGUGGGUGCCCCAGUUCUGCGUGCGCUGCGACCUGCCCGACGGCAACGUGCUGGCGGCCGGCGAGGUCAAGGUGUUCAAGGGCACGGCGCCGCAGUCCGCCGACGUCGUCUUCGUGGUGGAGCAGGCGUCGUGCCUGCGCGACCUGCCCGUGGAGGAGCUCGCCGUCAAGCUGGACGUGGCCCUGAAGCGCCAGGGCCUGACGGGCAACCGGUUCGCUGUGGUGGGCUUCGGCGGCGACGAGACGGAGACCUUCCGCGCGCCGCACGUCCUCAGCACCGAGGGCCUGGUGUGGACCACCGGCCGCCACGUGGAGAAGGCCUUCGACAGGCUGCGCACGUCGGCGGUGGAGCCGUCCGCCACGCCGGUGCAGGACGCGUACGACGCGCUGUGGUACGCGGCCCGCCUGCCGUUCCGCGCCGCCGUGUCCAAGACCCUGGUGCUGGUCACGUGCCACGAGUGCAGCGGCGACGCCAGCGAGCACGCCGACACCUUCUCGGACGCCGUGGACAUGCUCAAGGACGGCGACCUCACCCUGCACGUCCUGGAGCCCAACGCCGUGCGCCUGCGCAAGGCCAAGGGCGUCUCCAAGUCGUCCAGGGCCGCCGCCAAGGCCGCGCUCAAGCAGGCGCGCGUCUUCGGCGCCGACAGGAAGGGCGUGUACACGCCCAGGAACGUCAAGAGCCUGCAGCCCUCGGAGCAGCUCGUCAAACAGGUUUCCAUGUCCAAGGACCUGUGCACGCCGCUCGCCCUGGAGACCAACGGCACGGCGUUCAACCUGGACCGCGUGGCCAACGCGGCGCUCGGCGACGGGCCCUCCAUCCCGGUGCUCAACAAGAAGUUCCUGGACGUGUGGGCCCGGCGGGUGGCCUCUCAGGCCCUGCCCGCCAACUGCCAGCGCUGCGACUGCGUGGCGGACCAGGACGGCAGCGGCAGGGCCAUCUGCCAGAACUGCCUGUCGCCGUCCAUCGAGCAGUUCCUCAAGGAGUGGGAAGACAUGACCGUUGGCGACGACGACGAAGAAGUCGAGAUGGAGGUGGAUUUCCCAGAGUACAGCGACGAAGACACCGACAUGUCCAAGAUCUAAAAAGUGAACGUCGAACUAUUUAUUUAAGAUUUUUAUUUUUCUAAAGGCUAAAGUUACUAUUAGGAACCUAAUUUUAGUGUAGAUUAAAGUUGUAAGAUGUUUUUUCCAGUCCCCUGAUUAUGUAUAUAUUUAGAGAGAGAGAGAAAAAGAGAGACGGAGAUAGAGAGAGAGGGAGAGAGACCAAUAUGGAAUGACUUGAAAAGUAAAUACCGCAGGUAACGAAGAAAAGCCGAGCUAUUUCACAGAGCAGUCUCCUUCAUUGGCAUUAUUCUUGCAUAAUUUAAUACAUUUCUCGCUACCUGUUCCGCCCUUCCUCGUGAAGUCCACAAUUAAAUCUCAUUUGCAAUGCUCACAGUUCGAGAUC